CUUCCCCAGAACACACUGAGUGCAGAUGACCAUUCUCCUGAAGACAGCUUCACCCUGAACCCCGAGGACCACAGGGAAUACCCCGAUCUCCAGGCUGCCCACCGGCCGUUCCCUAAGCAGCGAUUCCGGCAGGAGAACGGGCACACGUCCCUGCAGAGAGACGGACCCAGAUCUUUCCUCCUGGACCUCCCAAACUUCCCCGACCUGUCAAAAGCAGACAUCAACGGGCAGAAUCCCAACAUUCAGGUUACCAUUGAAGUGGUGGAUGGCCCCGACAGCGAGACAGACAAGGACCUGCAGAAGGAGAGCGGCAAGCCCAGCUGGCCAGUGCCGUCACCUGACUGGAGGAGCUGGUGGCAAAGGUCCUCCACCUUGACUCGCAUGAGCAGCGGUGACCAGGACUACAAGUACGACAGCACUACCGAGGACAGCAACUUCCUCAACCCUCUCGGUGGGUGGGAUGGUCGUGCGCCCGGGCACCGGACGUUCGAGUCCAAGGAGCAGCCAGAGUAUGAUUACAUUGACGGGGAGGGCGACUGGAGCCCGUGGUCCCCGUGCAGCGUCACCUGCGGGAGCGGGAACCAGAAGCGGACGCGGUCCUGCGGAUACGCCUGCACGGCCACCGAGUCCCGGACCUGUGACAGGCCCAACUGCCCAGGGAUUGAAGACACUUUCCGGACAGCUGCCACCGAGGUGAGCCUGCUUGCAGGGAGCGAAGACUUCAACGCCACCAAACUGUUUGAAGUUGAUACCGAUAGCUGUGAAAGAUGGAUGAGCUGCAAGAGCGAGUUCCUGAAGAAAUAUAUGCACAAAGUGGUCAAUGACCUUCCCAGCUGCCCAUGCUCCUACCCCAGAGAAGUUGCUUACAGCACUGCUGAGAUCUACGACCGACUUAAGAGGAAAAACUUUCGCUGGAAGGAUGCAAGUGGUCCCAAGGAAAAACUGGAGAUCUACAAGCCCACGGCACGGUACUGCAUCCGUUCCAUGCUCUCUCUGGAAAGCACCACGCUGGCAGCACAGCACUGCUGCUACGAUGACAACAUGCAGCUGAUCACCAGAGGGAAGGGGGCAGGCACACCAAACCUGAUCAGCAUUGAAUUCUCGGCAGAACUCCAUUACAAAGUGGACAUUCUGCCUUGGAUCAUAUGCAAAGGGGACUGGAGCCGCUACAACGAGGCCCGGCCCCCCAACAACGGGCAGAAGUGCACAGAAAACCCCUCAGACGAGGACUACUACAAGCAAUUUCAGGAGGCAAGGGAAUACUGAGGAAGGUUUUCCUCCUCAGAGAACUCAGACACAAAGUAGCAUUCGUUUCCUGGAUGCCAAAGAACUGGUGGUGGCUGCUGCGCUGGCUCCUUGACAGGGGUUGAUGAGUUCCUUUCUAAUGAAUGUAUAUAGUUGUAAUAUAAUACAUAACUAUUUUUCACAGUGUGUGUAAUUUAUAAACACAUAUCUCUCUAUCUCACACACACCUAUUUUUACAUACAGACAUACAUAAAUCUUGUCCUGGUAGGAUUUUGUACUGCAGUAACGUUCAUGUAAUAACGUGCAUUUCAUUUUAUUUCCCAACUGUAACAUAAUGGGGGGUUGGGGGGGGUGGGCAGCUGCCUUCACCAUCAGGCCCCAAGGCCCCAGCUGAGGAGGCACAUAUUUAAAAAUUGUUAUAAACAAUAGGAUUGAAGAAUGUACUUUUCCAUAUGGGAAUGGUUUACAAGAUUAAUGCACCUACAGCAUCAAUUUUCUCUAUAAUUGAUUUCAUGACUGGUCAUAUCUAAGAAGGGAAGAAUUUUUUUUUUUUUUUGGAGGGGUAAUAGUCAAAAGUGAAUACAAGAAUUCCUGGCAAUUUUUUUUCUUGGAAUUCUUCCCGUUACCUUCCAGCUCAGGUCUUUGCAGUCCAUCUGGGGUAGGCUUGCAGGAAGAUGUAGCUGUGCUUUUCCUGAAGGUCCUGAUGCUGUGGAGUCCCAAACAACCCACUCUUGGAGCCAUCUCAGAUAUGGAGCUGCAGCUGUCAGGGCUUACAUCUCGUGCUGGGGAGCAGAUCUUCAGGGCAGCUACCUGUAAACUGAGCACGCUGUAAGUCUUUGGAGGAGUGAGGCCAGAGAAGUAAUCUGUGUCAAAGGAAAGAAAAAAAAAAAAAAUCACAACUCCUUCCUAGUUUUUAAUAUGAAGAAUGUUUGGAUCUGCCAGUUUCUUUCUUUUAAGAAAAGAAAGAAGUUUAUUUUUUUAAAGGACAGGAAAAGUGGAAUCCACACAUCUCUGGAAUAAAGCAUGCAACCAGCCCUUUUCCCCCAUUUUUCUUAUGCUGAGUGCACAGUGUCCUACAGAAGUAGCUAUUCUUUAAGGAAGCUCUCUGGGAGGAACUAUGGGUGAGGUAAAAUGUCUUAAUUUUUUAAAAAAGCUAGCAUUAUUUUUGUAAAGUAUUUAUUGAAUUGUAACAAUAACUCACAUGUGGGAUAUGUCUCUAACGUGAAAGGUUUCUGUAGAUGGAACUUGACUGCCAAGAAUACGACUGUUGUUAGGCAAAGGUUUUAAUUCCAAAUUUUUAUAAAGUACAUACAUACAUAAUCCUGUCAUUAAGCAGCUCAUUCCUGCGUUCUUAUGAAAGAUAAAAAUUACACCAUGGGUAAAUAAAUACUUACAGUUCCAUCCUGCAAAAGAC